GCGCAGCGCGCAGCGGCAGGUGCCCCGUGACGUCACCACAGCGCUUAGUUACUCCUCCAAAGAUUUACAGACAAUACAACAGCAGGAAAAGUCACACCCGGACUUGAUCGAUUGAGAUGAACGCUGCUGAGCAGAGAAACAGCGCGAGAACGUUUCUCACGGUUUUUAUUUCAGACACAUGAUCGCGAGGUGAAAAGAUGGGCCGAAAGAAACAAGAGGAAGAGCAAAACAACCCCGAGUAUGGUGAACCAACUCAGUUUGACCCCACAUUCACUGGCCCCAUUCACAACAGGAGCUGUACAGACAUCAUAUGCUGCGUUCUGUUCAUGCUGGUCAUUGCCGGUUACAUAGUGGUAGGAAUACUGGCCUGGCUGUAUGGAGAUCCUCGACAUGUGCUGUAUCCCAGAAACUCCACGGGAAUGUUCUGUGGAAUCGGACAGAACAAGGACAAACCCAACGUCAUGUACUUUGACAUCGUCAAAUGUGCCACAGCGACAAACGUCAUGGCUGCAGCUCUGCAGGGUCUCCAGUGUCCCACCACACAGGUGUGUGUGAAGUCGUGUCCGUCAGAGUUCUGGAUUUUGUCUCCUCUCGCUCACUUACCAGGCGCAAACCCAGCCAAUUAUUUCAAACAGGAGUACUGCGUCCCGUCCUUCCAGCUGCAGGGCACUCAAUAUUCGGCUAUGGACAUUGUAAAUAAAGAGUUGUGUCCUUUUUUCUACAUGCCAACAACCUCUGCGCUGGGCCGGUGUUUGCCCAGUUUGGGAGGAAAUGCAUAUAAUCCCAGUAAUAUUCCCACAAACUUCACUCUUCCUGGAUUGGACGCAAAUCAGACUUUGGCAGCGAUCAGGAAUGCCACAAGUGACCUGACCAACGGCUUCAACAUCAAAGAGGUCGGCCUGCGGAUCUUCGAGGACUUUGCCAAGUCGUGGCAGUGGAUCGUAGCUGGUCUGGUGAUUGCGAUGGUGGUCAGUGUUUUCUUCCUGCUGCUGCUGCGUUUCACAGCACCGGUUCUCAUCUGGGUUCUUAUCAUCGGGGUUCUGGCGGUCGGCGCCUUCGGUAUCUGGUACUGUUAUAAUGAGUACAUGUCUCUGUCGAACUCUGCCCUGACCUACAAUAACGUGGGUUUCACCACUAAUGUGCAGGUCUAUCUGCAGGUGCGAGACACCUGGCUGGCCUUCUGUGAGUCCCUGCACUUUAUGUUUCAUCAUUGCUAGUACUUUUGUGUUUCAAUGGAAUUCUAGAACCAUAUCAAUUCAGUUCAGUUUCUCUGUUAAAUUCAAUCUGCUUCAUGUGCGAGACAAAACAUUUUACCUGAGUACAAUGAGAAAGGAAGAAAUGAAUCAAAAUAAA